GUUGAAGUGCGGCAUGUCUGCAAUGGUGAAAGGAAGGAAGGUGCACCACGCUUGGAACAGAAAGGGAGAGAAGGACAUGGAUUCCAAAAGAGUAGAAGCUCAUGAUAAGCCUCAUGCAAUUUGCGUUCCAUUGCCAGUUCAAAGCCACAUAAAAGCCAUGCUAAAAUUCUCAAAGCUUCUCCAUCAAAAAGGUUUUCACAUAACCUUUGUAAAUACCGAGUUCAACCACAAACGUUUCAUCAAAUCCAAUAUCGGUGCCGGAGACUCCUUAGAUGGGUUUUCGGACUUCCAAUUCCAAACCAUUCCCGAUGGCCUACCCCCUUCGGAUCCCAAUGCCACCCAAUGCUUCCUUUCUCUUUGUGAUUCCAUUGCAAAAAACAUGUUGUCUCCAUUUUCCGACCUCCUCACGAACCUCAACAAUCCCCCCGUAACUUGCAUUGUCUCGGAUCCUUACAUGACCUUUACAAUAACGGCGGCAGAAAAGCUUGGAGUCCCUAUAGUAAUGCUCUUCACUGUCUCAGCAUGCACCGUUAUGCUUUGCAACGAGCUUUCUACGGCGAGGGACAAAGGGCUCAUACCACUCAAAGAUGAGAGCUUUCUGACAAAUGGAUAUUUGGAAACGACUGUAGACUGGAUUCCAGGCCUGAAAGGCAUCCGUUUAAGGGAUUUUCCAAGCUUCAUUCGAACCACAGAUCCAAACAACGUUAUAAUUAAGAUCGUAAUGGAAGUAAUGGAGAAAGCUGCUAAAGCUUCAGGAGUUGUAAUCCAUACAUUCGAUGCAUUGGAGAGAGAAGUUUUGGGUGCUCUGUCACCCAUGUUUCCUCGUGUCUAUGCCAUUGGACCGCUCCAACUGUUACUCAAUCACUUACCCGUUGAACCUUUGAAGUCAGUUGGGUAUAGUUUAUGGAAAGAAGAAGAUGACUGCCUGCAGUGGCUCGAUUCUAAAACACCCAACUCAGUGAUAUAUGUGAAUUUCGGUAGCAUAGCCGUCAUGACCCAACAACAGUUGCUUGAGUUUGCUUGGGGGCUUGCAAAUACCAACUUUCCAUUUCUGUUAAUUAUUAGGCCUGAUCUCGUUGUUGGGCAGUCGGCAGUUUUUCCACCGGAGUUUUUGUUAGAAACUAAAGAAAGAGGCGUAAUAGCAACUUGGUGCCGUCAAGAGGAGGUGUUGAAACACCCUGCCGUCGGGGCAUUCUUGACACACUGCGGCUGGAAUUCCAUCAUUGAAAGCCUGUCGGCUGGGGUGCCGUUGAUUUGUUGUCCAUUCUUUGGGGAUCAGCAGACAAACUGCCGGUACGCUUGCAAUGAAUGGAGUGUUGGGAUAGAGAUCGAUAACAAUGCCCGGGGAAUGGAGGUGGAGAAGAUUGUGAGAGAGUUGAUGGAGGGAGAGAAUGGUAAGAAAAUCAAGAAUAAGGUCUUGGAGUGGAAGAAAUUGGCAGAGGAGGCCACGGAUCCGAAUGGUUCGUCAUCCAGAAAUUUGGAAAAUGUAGUCAACUUGCUUUUAUCAAAAGGUUAAUUGAGGAUACAUUUUUCCUCCCCCUCUAGGUUGGGGGAAUUUGUAUCCAAUUAACAUAAUCUAUAAAAAUGAUGUGUUGUUUUGCAUGCAAGUGUUAAGUACAAGUUUAUUUCAUUGCAAGCGAGGCCGGCCGGAAGAGACCAUGGCCUCCUAAUUGCAAAUGUCAUGGGGCAGUUCGAGAAAUCAAGUGAAAUUUCUCUUGUUUUUAUUUAGGGUAAGUGUGUAGGUUCACUGAAAAGGAGGUUUGCAUGCGUUUGUUUGUGAUGCAAAGUAUUGUAGUAAUUGUGUGGUUAGAGCUAUGGUAUCUAUGCCAGAAGGUUAGAGUA